GAGGGCAGCAGUGGCGGCUAUUGGGUUUUUAGUUCACUUUGCUUUUUUGCGCGGUUGUAUGUAGGGACAACAGUCACGCAUCUUUUUUUCAAAAGGAAACUUUUUUUUUUUUGUCCGUGCUAUACACUUUCGGUUAGGGGCACUCAUUUGGCAGUUAAUCUUAACUAUUCAUUUACCAUGGGCAACAAUUCAAUUCAACGUCCUGAAGAUAUUGAUACCUUGAUUAACGGUGUUGAACGUUACAACCCUGAAAACAUCUCUAUUCUUGAGGAAUAUUUGACAAAGCAAAUUGAAACAAAUCAUUAUGAUUUAGAAGCCAACUUGGCUAUCCUCAAACUCUAUCAGUUUAAUCCUAAUUUAGCUAAAGAAUCUGUCAUUAUCAAGAUUCUUGUUAAAGCAUUAACAGCCAUUCCUGCACCCGAUUUCAACCUUUGUCUGUAUCUUUUAGCCGAACAAGCACAUCUUGAAUCUAUUCAGAAAUUGACCGAUUUACAACAACUUUUAGAACAAGCCCGUUACGUUAAAUUCUGGCAAUCCGAUUUAAAGCCUUGGACUCAAGUUGUUCCCAAUUUUGAAGAUGAAAUUCGUCUCGUUAUUGCUCGUGUUAUGACCAUGUCCCAUCAAACUAUCCUUUCUUCUGCUUUAGCAGCUCAAUUAGGUUUAACAGACGACAAGGACGCGUUCAACAAGUUUUGUGAAAGCCAAGGUUGGAAGACAAAGGACGAUGAUUUGAUUCAAAUCCCUAUCAACAAGGAUAACGAAGCCAAGGCAGUGGUGAUUAGAGAGAAUAUCAAAUUCGAGCAGUUCACCAAGGUCAUCGGAUACUCUAAUGAAAUGUAACCAUACAACAAACCAGAUUACCCAAAGAGAAGAGCAUCAUCUUAUAGAAGUGAGCAUGAACAAAUAUUUUUAAACGAUUCACUUUAUGUAUCAUAAUAAAGGUCACCAAAAAAUAAAUAAAUAAAUAACGAUCUCAAAACAGGUUGAUAUGAGUGCCUGGAUUGAUGGUUUUUGUUUUUGUUCCUUUUACCAUCCGUAUAAUCAUUAGCGUGAUCUGUAUGAAAGGCACUAUUUACUUUGAAGAAAGCAAGCGUGUGUUGACAAUAAACAAAAACAGAUUUUGUUAUAUUAUCUGCCGUCAACAAUUAGCGAAUGGAAGCAGUGUAUG